ACAAUUGUUUUUUGCACUUUCUCCUCUCUUCACUGAUAAUGUAAAACCUUAAAAAGUUAUACAUAUAAAUUUUUUCCAUUCAUUACAAGAUAAAAAAAAAAGUAGUUUUCUUUUAUAAAUUUAUGGCUUCUUCUAGCUUUCUCUAUUGUCUCCUUUUAAUUUACAUUUCCUUGUUUGUGAGCUUCACUUUAGCUGAAGAUCCCACUGUUUCCUACAAAUUUGAACUUACCUACAUUACUGCUUCACCUCUUGGUGUCCCCCAACAGGUUAUAGCCAUCAAUGGAAAAUUUCCUGGCCCUACUAUUAAUUCAACAACUAAUAACAAUGUUGUUGUUAAUGUGAGGAACAAAUUAGAUGAAGAUGUCCUCAUUACUUGGGCUGGUGUACAGCAAAAACGGAGUUCUUGGCAAGAUGGUGUUCUUGGCACUAAUUGUCCAAUUCCCCCAAAGUGGAAUUGGACUUAUAACUUUCAAGUUAAAGAUCAAAUUGGCAGCUAUUUUUACUUCCCUUCGCUAAAUUUUCAACGAGCUUCGGGUGGUUUUGGUAGCUUCAUUAUAAAUCCUAGGUCUGUUAUUCCAACCCCAUUUGAUAAUCCGGCUGGCGAUAUUACAAUCGUGAUUGGUGAUUGGUACAUUAGAAACCACACUGAUUUAAGGAAGACCCUUGAUGCUGGUCGAGCACUUGGCAUGCCUGAUGGGGUUCUUAUUAAUGGAAAAGGCCCUUACAGAUAUAACGAUACUCUUGUCCCGGACAAGAUUGAUUAUGAAACUAUUAAUGUCGAACCAGGCAAAACUUACCGUAUUCGUGUAAGCAAUGUUGGUGUGUCGACUAGUUUGAAUUUUAGAAUUCAAAACCACAACCUACUAUUAGCAGAAACUGAGGGCUCAUACACUGUGCAACAAAACUAUACUAGUUUAGAUAUACAUGUUGGACAAUCAUACUCAUUUUUAAUUACCAUGGACCAAAAUGCCAGUAGCGAUUACUAUAUCGUUGCCAGUGCUAGAUUCGUGAACGAAUCCACCUGGAAAAGGGUUACUGGUGUUGGGAUCUUGCACUACUCAAACUCUAAAGGGAAAGCCUCAGGCCCACUUCCUGACCCCCCUCAAGAUCAGUUUGAUAACACUUUCUCUAUGAACCAAGCCCGGUCCAUCAGGGGGAAUGUUUCAGCUAGUGGUGCCCGACCUAACCCACAGGGUUCUUUUAAAUACGGUUCUAUUAAUGUAACCGAAGUGUAUAUACUUAAAAACAAACCACCCGUGACCAUUAACGGGAAACGAAGGGCUACACUUAGUGGGAUCUCAUUUGUGAAUCCUACAACACCUAUUAGGCUUGCUGAUCAGUACAAACUGAAGGGAGUAUAUAAGCUCGAUUUUCCUACCGAGCCCCUUACAGGACCACCGAAGAUGGAGACAUCGGUUAUUAAUGGAACCUAUAGAGGAUUUAUGGAAGUUAUAUUACAAAAUAAUGAGACGAAAAUGCAUAGUUAUCAUAUUGACGGAUAUGCAUUUUUUGUAGUCGGAAUGGGUUACGGUGAGUGGACAAAUGAUAGCAGAGGGACAUACAAUAAAUGGGAUGGCAUUGCUCGUGGUACCACACAGGUUUUUCCUGGAGCAUGGACGGCUGUUUUGAUCUCUCUAGACAAUGUAGGAGUAUGGAACCUAAGAACCGAAAAUCUUGACUCGUGGUAUCUUGGUCAAGAAACCUAUAUCAGAAUCGUUAAUCCCGAGAAAAAUAACAAGACAGAGUUGCCAAUGCCUGACAACGCUCUUUUUUGCGGGGCCCUCAGCCGAUUACAGAAGCCACAAGAUACUUCUCCAGCGACAUCCAUUAGGAUUUCCGGUGGCGGGUACGGCUGGGUCGGGAUGAUGAUAAUGAUGCUAUCGAGUGGUCUCUUGUUCUGAUUUGAUUUUUGCUAAAGCUUAAAGUGGAUGAUGACACAAGAUCUUAACUUAUGUUUAUUUCUGAAAACUUUCCAGAUGUUUCGGUUGUAGUGAGUAAUCUGGGAUUUAUUUCAUCAUUCUUUAAUUUUUCAUUAAUUGCAAUAUGUAAUGAUUUAUACAUUUGAUUUUAAGUGGAUUUUAUUGAGCUCA